AUGCCGGGCCGCCUCACAGUCCAGCGGCCUACGCCGACGACCGUCAGCUUUACCGUCUCCAAUGCGCCAAGACGAUCCAAUUCCCCCGCGAAGAUCCUAUUUGGUCUUCAGAUCCUCCUGCGAGCAUUGCUCUUCUGCUGUGUGAUCGUGGUAGGGAUUACACGCCUACGACGGCAUUUCUUCGAAAGGGGAAACUUGUUCAUCAUAUCAUGGGAGGAUAUAUGGUCAAGUCCCCUCGGAGCGCAUGUCUGCCGCCGGGUGGACUCAUAUAACCCCUGGGUAAUCGCUGUCGUCAGCGCCUUGGUGCUCUACGGAGUCUUUAGGAGGGGAUAUACUGAGGAAUCGCUCCUGGUCAUUCGAGGCUUCGGAAUCCAGACAUCCACAUCGUCCUCCACCUAUCUCUCGACAGCUGCGACAAGAUUCAUUCCCACGACGCAGAUUCAGGACAUCGUGAUUCAUGAAGCAUUCAAGGGAUUCGAGGUUCGGUUCUAUCUAGCUGUUAUUGUGGAGGGCGAGCCCGGUGUCUUAGUGGUCUUUCCUCAAAUGCUUCCCAAGCGAGAGAUUCUAGAGGAAGUGUGGAGAGGCUCUCGACGCUGUCUUUACGAUGCAAAGUCCUGA